GGAAGGGUGUGUCUAGGACCCAUUUGGCCCACUUGGACAGAGAUCUGUUUUGGCAGAACCCCCUUCUGCCUGUAGCCAUUUCCUGUGAUCCCCAGUGCUAUUUCCCGCAUCUUGACUACCACUCUGUCUGUUGAGUUGGAGCAGCGACUCUCUGGUGCCCCACUAGCUGAGUCUGGCACGGUUAUGAGUGUGGUCGGGGCGCACAGCUACAGCAUCGUGUCCUCGGAGGAAGAAGGCCUGCGUCUCGGUGCCAUGCCUGCUGUCACAAUGGGCAACGGCUUCGGCAACGGCAAGAUCCACACGAUGCGCCGCAAGUGCCGCAGUCGCUUCGUGAACAAGAAUGGCCAGUGCAAUGUGCGCUUCUCGCACAUGGACGAGAAGUCGCAGCGCUACAUGUCAGACAUCUUCACCACAUGUGUGGACAUCCGCUGGCGCUGGAUGUUCCUGAUGUUCACACUGGUGUUUGUGGUGUCCUGGCUGGCAUUCGGCCUGGCCUUCUGGGUCAUCGCUUUGCUUCACGGGGAUAUGGACAACCCGGGUGGUGGAGACGAUAACUUCAGCCCCUGCGUCCUGCAGGUCAACAGCUUCGUGGCCGCCUUCCUGUUCUCUGUGGAGACCCAGACCACCAUUGGUUAUGGCUUCCGCUGCGUGACGGAGGAGUGCCCCUCGGCUGUCUUCAUGGUGGUCUUCCAGUCCAUCUUCGGCUGCAUCAUCGACUCCUUCAUGAUCGGCGCCAUCUUAGCCAAGAUGGCGCGGCCUAAGAAGCGUGCAGAGACGCUGCUUUUCAGCAACAAUGCAGUGAUCGCCAUGCGUGACGGGAAGCUGUGCCUUAUGUGGAGGGUGGGCAACUUGAGGAAGAGCCACAUGGUGGAGGCCCACGUCCGGGCCCAGCUCAUCAAACCUCGCAUCACCGAGGAGGGUGAGUACAUCCCCCUGGACCAGAUCGACAUCAACGUAGGGUAUGACAUGGGCAUCGACCGCAUCUUCCUGGUCUCCCCGCUCACCAUUGUGCACGAGAUUGAUGAGGAAAGCCCCCUGUUUGGCAUCAGCAAGCAGGAUCUAGAGUUGUCUGACUUUGAGAUAGUGGUGAUACUUGAAGGGAUGGUGGAAGCCACAGCCAUGACAGCGCAAGCUCGCAGCUCCUACCUGUCCUCAGAGAUCCUGUGGGGUCACCGCUUUGAGCCUGUCGUCUUCGAGGAGAAGAGCCAGUACAAAGUGGAUUACGCUCACUUCCACAAAACCUUUGAGGUGCCGUCCACCCCCCAGUGCAGUGCCAAGGACAUGGCGGAGAUAGAGGACGAGGACAAGGAUCCUACACCCACCAACUCUUUCUGCUAUGAGAAUGAGCUGGCUUUUAUCAGCCGGGACGAGGAAGAGGAUGAGGAGGGGAAGCAGGAUAUGGACAGGGUGCCAGAGCUAGAGAGACUGGAGGCCACCGUCGGCCUAGACCAGAGGUCAUAUCAUAGAGAAUCAGAGAUAUGACCUUAGACCUUUGACAAUAUUUUUCUUGUUACUCAGUUCUAGCCGGUUGUUUUCCAUGUGAAUACAUGCAGAGUAAUGCAAGUGCCAUAUAAAAACCAUGACUUGUUAGCAUCACGCUACAACCAUAAGGAAAGAGGAAAUCACUCUAGUCAGACUAGAAACAGCCAGGAGUGGAGACAGCAGUGCUGCUUCCUCAUAGCAUGGAAUAACAGGAACGUUCAUAAAAAGACCCCUCUCUCUCUUUAGGAAAACUUGAAAUAUUUUGGUCAUGAGAUAGUUUGAGGUUUACUUGAUAGCUACCUUCACAAAUAGCUAGCUAGAACAAAGUGUUAAUAAGAAAUUCAUUUAAAAAGAUUAAAAGCAAUACAAAUAAGUUAUCCAGGAGCUUUAUAUAAUGCAAUAUUCAUUGUCUAUUAGGAAAUAAUAUCUUAGCUAUAAAAAAAAAUAUAGAGAGAUUUCGUAGUAAAGUGUGUGAAGUAUUUCCAACAGAUCAAGAGGGUAUUUUGGGGGAUUCUUAUAACGGCCCUGUAUUGUAGUUUACGGAGUCAGUCAACGAGGGAGAGUGUGUUGGAAAUAGAAACACUGGAUACCUACUGAUGUUUAGCUAAACAUUUUCUAUAUGCACACCUGUAGUUUUAAAGGUGCUUUCCAUAAAUAUUGCCUGCAGCUAAUUAGCUAUUUGAAAAAUAUAUGAAACAUAACCUUCACAUUGGAAAAAUACAGUGAUUAAAUGCAUAAAUGUGCAUUGUGUAUUUUGCAUUUCUAUGCCAUUUGAAUCACUUAGAAAGUAAACAAUUUAUAUUAUGAAAGUAGCUUUUGUUAUAUUACUGGGAAC